UUUCAUUGCAGGUGCAACUGUAAUCAUGUUAUACACAUAUUGCAUAAUUAAAGGGUUGAAGCUCGGUUAAGUUAAUUAAUGGUUUGAAGCUACGGGCAGCGCGAUGUCUGGCCGAUCAAUGGAGCAAAGUUCAGCUAUUGAAAGGUUGCCUACAUGUUUACAGUAUAAUUUACUACAUGUUGCCUGUGUGCAUUUAGCAGCCUGCUGCACUGGAGUUUGCCUGGUAACAGAUGACCUAGAGGGAGAUCAUGCACUUAGAUUAACGACACAGACACAUAGCCUGUCUGGGUAAACUGAUUGCAAGUGUUGUCUAAGUCUAGAAAAGUGUAAUAACAGGAUGCAUCUGGGAGGCGGUGGAGGAACUGAGAGAGGAACUGUUCUGUUUAAGAAUAUCUGACAUAGAAUUACUGGAACAGGCAUGUUGUUUUUCAUCUGCGGUGACGGAGUUACUGGUCAUCAUAAGUAUAAAUAUCACACCCACCUAUUGUCAGGCGGGAGAUGGAGCCUGAUGUUUCGCAGACCCCAUUUUCACCACAUGUGUGUGUUUUAAUAAAAUCAUUUGUGUUGACCCACUAUGGACUUUCAGUCGUAUGUCUCUUCCUCAAAACUCGAACCGCGACAACAUAAAUUAAUUAAUAAAUGAACUUUUGGUUAAAUUUAGGCUUCGGCGUAUAUUUUAUUCAUUUCUAAUUUCAAGUAAAAAUCUUGGAACUGACCCAGCAUCAGUUUCAGGGCCCGAACUUUAGUCAAGUUUCACUUUUACAGAAGCGGUUUGGCUAUAGACGAGUGUCGGCAGCCAAGAGAUAGAGAUUAUUGAUACACUGUAAAAAAUAAAAAUAAUUGUCGUGUUUCUUAAGCACCUUACUGUCCUGUGAGUAAAUACUCUCAGUCGGAGCUAACCGCAGCUCAGUGGCUGUGGAGACGUUUCAUGUCUCAGCCCGGAGCCCUCCUCCACAGCUGCACCAAUCAGAAUCCUGUCCGCUCCUUUCAGUCACCUCCCCCUCCCUCGCUGCUGUUCCUCUUCAACGGUCCUCCUCUCCGGUGGUCCUUCGGUGUGGAGAGUCAGCAUCAGUCACUCACGGACCUACAGCGCGGUGCAACACCGAGGACGCACAGAGGAACAUGUUGCUGCACAAACUGCUUGUGUGGACCCUGUCAGUCCUGUGCGGGGCUGACAUGUGUUGGGGUUUUGUGUAUGAUCGGCCCAAACGCUCAGGAGAAGACGGGACCUCGGCCAGGACAGAAACUCGCUCUGCGUCUCACUACGUGGCGACCUCCGGCUCCUGCAGAAACAGGUGUUUCGAGCUGGUCGAGUUGGAGCCGCCAAACUGUCGCUGCGACAACCUGUGUAAAACCUACAAUGGCUGCUGCUCAGACUUUGACCAGCUCUGCCUACGCACAGAGGGCGGUUAUGAGUGCAGCAGGGAUCGGUGCGGGGAGACUCGCAAUGAACAGCAUGCCUGCCACUGCUCUGAUGACUGUCUGGCCAGAGGAGACUGUUGUACCAACUACAAGAAGCUGUGCAAAGGAGACACCUCGUGGCUGCAGGAUGAUUGUGAGGAGAUCAAGGCUCCUGAAUGUCCUGCCGGGUUUGUGCGUCCGCCGCUCAUCAUCCUGUCCAUGGAUGGAUUUAGAGCUUCGUAUGUGAAGAGAGGGAACACUGUCAUCCCUCACAUUGAGAAGCUCAGAACAUGUGGAACCCAUGCGCCGUACAUGAGACCUGUUUACCCCACGAAAACCUUCCCCAAUCUCUACUCGCUGGCUACAGGGCUUUACCCGGAGUCUCAUGGCAUCGUUGGAAACUCCAUGUAUGACCCAGGGUUUGAUGCAAUCUUCACCCUGAGAGGCCGAGAGAAGCUCAAUCACCGCUGGUGGGGAGGACAGCCAAUCUGGAUCACAGCGCAAGGACAAGGAGUGAAGGCUGCUACCUUCUUCUGGCCUGUUGCCAUCCCUUUGGAGAGGAGGAUACUGACUAUGCUGCAGUGGCUUCACCUCCCUGAAGGAGAAAGGCCUUAUGUUUACGCCAUGCACUCUGAGCAGCCGGACAUAUACGGACACAAAACGGGGCCCAUGAGCACUGAUCUGAACAUCUCUCUGAGGAUGGUUGACAGAAUUAUCGGCCAGCUCAUGGAUGGACUCAAGCAGAUGAAACUGCACCGCUGUGUCAACAUCGUCCUGGUCGGGGAUCACGGUAUGGAAGAGGCCCACUGCGAUCGCACCGAGUUCCUCAGUAACUAUAUGACCAGCGUUGAUGACAUCAUCCUCGUCCCUGGGUCCCUAGGCAGAAUACGCUCCAGACAGCCCAACAACAGGAAAUAUGACCCCAAAGCUGUUGUGGCCAAUCUAACGUGUAAGAAAGCAGACCAGCACUUCAAAGCGUACUUGAAGCAGCACCUGCCAAAGAGACUGCACUACGCCAACAAUCAACGCAUUGAGGAUGUCCAUCUCCUGGUGGACAGGAAGUGGCACAUUGCCAGGAAGGUCCCUGAAGGCAGGAGGCACUGUGGCUUUGCUGGAGAUCAUGGAUAUGACAAUAAGAUCAACAGCAUGCAGACUAUUUUCGUUGGCUAUGGGCCCACGUUUAAGUUCAAGACUAAAGUUCCAGCCUUUGAAAACAUCGAGCUUUAUAACGUAAUGUGUGAUCUUCUAGGUUUGAAACCGGCCCCUAAUAAUGGAACUCACGGCAGUCUGAACCACCUGCUAAGAACCCCCCCGUACAGACCCACCAUGGCAGAGGAGGUCUCCAGACCAACAGUGUCUGGUGUUGUACCUGCAGGAACAGACAGCUUGGGGUGCAGCUGCGAUGAAAAGAUCUCUGGCAAGAGAUUGUUUCAAUCUCCGAUCUUUUUGCAGUUGCGUGUAAAAAGUAGGGGCCAGAGAAGUUUGAAAGUGACCCUUGUACGAGGCUAUAACCUGGAGUCACUCUGGCUCUGUCUCUUACAGAACAAAGUGGAGGAGCUAAACCAGCGACUGAGGCAAGCUAUGGAUGACAGCAGGAACCUGCCGUUCGGUCGGCCUGCUGUCCUCUUCCGUACCAAAUACUGCAUCCUGCACCACAGCGACUACAUCAGUGGCUACAGUGAAACUCUGUCCAUGCCCGUCUGGACAUCGUACACUGCCAGCAGACAGGUAGAAGUGUCUCCUCUGCCUGAAGCUCUGUCCAACUGUGUGAGACCUGAUUCCAGAGUCCCUCCAGCUUACAGCCAAUCAUGUACCAACUACAGAGCAGAUAAACACAUCACGUACGCCUUUCUGUACCCACCACAACUGUCGUCAAAUCUAGACAAAAAAUCCGAUGCUGUCCUCAUCACCAACACUGUUCCCAUGUAUCCUGCAUUCAAGAAGAUAUGGGGUUAUUUCCAGAGAGUGCUGGUGAAGAAAUACGCCACUGAGAGAAAUGGAGUGAAUGUACUGACUGGACCCAUAUUUGACUACAACUAUGACGGUGUCAGAGACUCAGCUGAGAAGAUACGAGAGUAUAUAAGUGGUACAAUCCCAAUCCCCACUCACUACUUUGUGGUCCUGACCAGCUGCUUAGACUUCACACAAACUACAGACGCGUGUAACGGACCGCUCAACAGCGCCACCUUCAUCCUGCCGCACAGACCCACCAAUGAUGAGAGCUGCAACGUACGGAUGAGCUCAGAGGAGGAGUCUCGUUGGGUGGAGAGCCUGAUGAAGAUGCACACAGCUCGGGUCAGAGACGUGGAGCUCCUGACAGGCCUGGACCUGUACCGCAGGACCAGCCGCAGCUACGCUGAAAUCCUCUCGCUCAAGACCUACAUGCACACCUACGAGAGCGAGAUCUGAGUUCUGCUAAUGUUCCUGACGUUAUCUUCUGCCGUGGUGGAUCCAUGUGGUACCAGGAGGAGCUGCAGUCAUCUCACCCCACCAGCUGCUCUGCAGCAUCUAUGCUGUGGCCCUUUCACUGACUCCUUCAUGUGCUUUCAUCUCAGUAACUGUUAUUUUGCAUACAUUUUGAACACCACUCAGCUAAGAGGCCACUCGAGUUUAAUAUUUAGCUUUUCAAAAGGCAGAGAUCGAUAUCCAUUCGCAGAAAUGCUGCUGCACAAUGACACUCAUUUCAUCCAACCAUGACUGUACCCACCUAUGUGUCAGAGGCUGUGACUGGAAAUGAGUCACAGCAUCACUAAAUAUGUCUCGAGAUACUCGAGUAGAGUUACACCAUAACAAACAGAUCGGUGUAGAGACAGAUUCUGACCAAUCAGAUAACAGCUUUUAUUUUUCUUUGAAUAUAAGUAAGAUGUUCUCCUAUGUGUGUGUGGCUGUAUGACAUGCCAAGAGAAACACAAACUUUCUCACUUCCCUUCAUCUUUAAGCAACCACUAUUUUUGGAUACACUCAAUGAAAUCAGUUUUCAAAAGUCUAUAAAAGGCCAUUGUGGAUUUGGUUACAUUGGUUACGUCCUCACGUUUGUGUAUUGUCAGGUACACAAUGAUCUACAUGUUGCACCAGUGCACAAUCAGAUCAGUUGUUUAAGUGUUUCACCAGCCUGGAGGCUGUUAGGAGGCUAAAUAAAGAAAUGAUGUUUUUGCACGUGGAGGUGCCUGAAACAGCACGGUGUCAAGAAUCCACGAUCCUUUUUCAUUCCAUAUUCUGGACAUUGCAGCUUCAACAUGGCUGACAUUCAUCAAUAAGACCUGUUGUCACAUCAUUAAGAAACCUGCUGUAAGUCAGCUUCUCAGAGCACUGCGUUUCUCUUGACAUCAUGAUGUUUUUCAUGGUUAUGAAGAAACAAAGGAGGUUUGUAUUUUCACUGUUUCCUCUCUUCCUCGUUGAUCUCCUUGGUCAGAGUGUGGGCAGUUUUCCUGUGAAUGCACAAGCAUUAAAGCAAGAAAGUUUAUUUGCCGUGGAAUUUCAUCUUCUGUCCAAUUCAGUCAACUUUCCAAGUCAAGUGAAAAUUAAUUCAAAUGGAAAGCAAAGUGACCGUGAGGCUGUGGGAUUACACUAGGCCCAUCCAUAAACGCUUUUACAAAUCUGGGACUGCAGAUGUAGAGAGCUAGAAUCCACGUUACAGAGAAGCGACGUUUGAAUGAUGUCAAGGAAAAGCGCCUUGCACCACAGAGCCCCAGAGAAAUCAGCAGUAAGGACUGUAAAACCAAAGCUGUCUUGUGUACGACGCAUUCAAAUCAAAUCAAAUCACUUUUAUUGUCACAUCACAUGUGCAGGCACACUGGCACAGCACAUGCGAGUGAAAUUCUUGUGUGCGAGCCCCACAAGCAAC